CAUAAACCUAAUUUCCCUCAUUGGUCUGAGUGUCAUUUUCUACAAGCCUUAUAUCUCCUUGGACCCAUGCCGGUAUAAUAGUCAAGAUUAAUUUGUUACUUUUGGGAUACUUUGCCUUCAAAAUUGAUUUCAUAAAUAAAACAGACAAUUUAUUCUGAUUUAGACAUUGUGUUUAAACAACACUGAAAUUAGUCUCAAAUUUGGCGUCCAAUUCGGCAGUUACAGGGAAAGUUAAGGGAAAUUUUCUUCACCCUUUUCUGCAACUCUGGUCAAUGCUACUUGGACUGCAAAUGGAAACCAGAAUGCUUCUGAUACAAAAUUCAUAUGCUGUUUCAAAGUCAAAGUCAAAGUCAGCUUUAAUGUCAAUUCAUCACAUGCACCAGACAUACAAGGAAUCAAGAGGACAUUUCUCAUUCACCCACGGUGAAACAGAUAAAGUGCACAGGCACAUAUAUUUAUAGAUGCAUCUACAUGUUCAUGCAUCCACACACACUUGACGUCCAUGCCAAAUUUCAACCUUCAAGGGCGGAAACUGCAGCCGUCAAAGGGUGGGGAAAUUUUUGUGGACGAACCGUCGAACCAACCUACUGAAUAAAUAAUUUACAGUGCAAUGGAAAAAAUCAGGAAGUUUCUGCAAGUUAGUUUUCAUACUGGAAAGAAAUGCAUGCAAACUAAAGUAGGACAGCAUAUUAAAAAUCUGAAAACCAAGGGUAGUCUUUAGGGCUGACACCUUGUGGUCAGUUGGUCGGUUCUUUGGUCAAUAUGCUGUCAUCUGACCAAAAUCUCAGUGGUCUUUAGUAAAGAAAAGUCUCUUCAUCUGUUAUUUCAGGGAAAGAGGAACAUGUGCAAACCUGAUGUAUGUUAGAAAUAACAUACAAAUGUGCUACUGUUUUAAUAAUCUUAUGGUUUAAUAGACAAUAACACCUAUAAGUCAAAAUGUCCCCGUUUUCACAACUUCAACUGGCAGCCUGGAGACUAUAGGACUUAACUUACUGAACAUUUACUGAACUCCAAACUAACUGACACAUUGUCAAAUAACCAGCAAAAAUAUUUACUUCAGAGCCAGCCUCAGAGGACAGAAGAGCUGGUUGGAUUUACUUUAUUUUUGAUGGCAAGAGAUGUGUACAAUUUACUACGGAAUGCUGUAGAGCAAAAAUGGCUCUUAAUGGGAUAGUAACAAAGAAUAAAGCUCAGUGACGGAUUAAUAACGUGUCUGUGACGUGACUUCAAACUUGGAAGCUGUAAGUUUUGUCACAUUUUAUGCUGUUUUUAGUUGUUUACCCUGCUGAACUUUGCUUUAGCACGUUGCUAAGUGGCUACUGCCUCAAGCUGUAGGAUUUUGUAACAUUAAUAUUGUAAUAUUAACGGACAGUAAAGAGAAACUGUGUUAGCGCUUAGUCUUAUUUGAGACAUCUGAGACAACAAAAUAACGCCAGUAGUAGGCUUUAUACUGUGUUAGCUUUAUUGUUGAUUGGAUUGUUUGAAUUCCCAUGUUCGCAGGUCAUUAUCUGUUGCUACCAUGAAACUAUAUGAACUCAGGCUGUUCGACAGAUACAGAGCUGGAUGACCUUUUUAGUAGCGUUUGCGAAUGCAAUUUCCUUGUUUUGGAUUUUUAAUGACAUAGAAAAUUGUAUAAUUUUUUAUAUGAUGGAUAAUGUUUCAGUCAUUAUUAUGUUUACUCUGUCAGGGUUAAAUGAUAUAGCAAACUACAGAGUUACUCUGUUUGCUCUCACUUUGCUGUGUUACUGUGUGAUUUGGCUGUCAAAUGUGACCAUUAUUGUGACAAUCAUUAUGGACAAAAGCCUUCAUGAACCCAUGUACAUCUUCCUCUGUAAUCUGUGCAUCAAUGGACUUUAUGGGACAGCAGGAUUUUAUCCCAAAUUCCUUGUGGAUCUUCUAUCCACCACUCAUGUAAUCUCUUAUGCUGGAUGUCUCCUGCAGGGUUUUGUGUUGCACUCUUCAGCUUGUGCUGAUUUUUCUCUUCUAGUGCUAAUGGCCUAUGACAGAUAUGUGGCUAUAUGUCGACCUCUGGUAUACCACUCUGUGAUGACUACACAAAAAAUUGCUGUGUUUUUGUUUUUCGCUUGGCUUAUACCCCUUUAUUUGGUGUUCAUAGGCAUAGUUACAACAUUAAACUUGCAGCUUUGUGGCUCACACAUACCAAAAAUCUACUGUAUUCAUUAUUUGAUGCGUAAACUAGCUUGUUCUGCCACCAUAGCAAAUAUUAUUGUUCCAGCUUUUAAUUAUACUUUUUAUUCUGGACAUUUUAUUUUUGUUGUUUGGUCUUACAUAUAUAUGAUCAGAACAUGCUUAACAUCCAAAGAGAACAGAAGUAAAUUUUUGCAGACAUGUUUGCCACAUUUGUUCUGUUUAAUAGUUGUUGUUGGAUCUUUGCUUUCUGAUUUGUUUUUCACAAGAUUUGGGUCAAAAGAUAUAUCACAAAGUGUCGAGAAUUUUAUGGCAAUAGAAUUUCUUGUUGUCCCUCCAAUUAUAAAUCCCCUGAUCUAUGGUUUCAAAUUGACACGAAUAAGAAUUCGAAUUCAAAGUUUUAUGUGCAGUAAAAGUAACGUUUUAAGACAAAAGUCAUGAAUUAGAAAAAUCAGUUUGUUGUGAUUUACCAGAAAUAUCCAUUAAAUCUAACAAUAUAGUAUUGUUGUAUCAGUAAACAAUGAGACAUUUAUACAUUACCACCGUUCCAGGUUGUACAGUACAAAUAUACCAAUACAGGACUUAAGCAACAUGGAAAGCAGGCCAACUACAUUUAUUUGAUGUUUAAUUUAUUUGACUUGAUGUUUCAAUGUUUCUCCAGUCACAUCACAUUUAAUGUAUUGUCAGCCAUAUGAUGCUUCCAAUAAGUCUGUACCUGAUCAUAAAAUAUGUACCUUGUUUCACACA